AUGAUCAGACUCGGUGCAGCAGUUGGUCAGUGUGUGUUUAGCUCCAAUUCUCUCUUUGGAUUAAUGUGUGUGUUUGGGUCCUCAGUCAGAAUGCAGGUGUGUUUUCUUCUCCUACUUAUACAGCUUCAUGUCACUGAAGGCUGCAGACUGGAAAGAAACGGAGAGGCAAAACUGAUCACUGCAUACACAGGAGGUUCAGUACUGCUGUCCUGCUCCUGCACUGACCUCCACACCAAACCUGAGACACUCACAUGGAGGAAAAUCACAAAUGGAAAUAACUGGGUAGAGAUAUCUCCUGAGAGAGAGCAGUACAAAGACAGAUUUCAGCUGGUUAAUGAUCUCUCUUCAGGAAAUCUCUCUCUGCUCAUAUCACACCUGACUGUAGAGGAUGGAGGAGGUUACAGGUGUAGUCUUAAUGAGAAUGACAUCAGAGACUUCACACUCACUGUUAAAGGUUGCACACGGAGUCGUCAGACAGUGACUGUGACUGGAUACGUGGGACAGUCUGUCCUUCUGCCCUGCUCCUGCUCUGAACUACAAGCCAAACCACACACUUUCAGAUGGGUCUAUAUUGAAGGAUCUGAUCGCAUAAAGAUCUUCCCAAAGGACGAGACAAAUCGCUACACAGACAGAGUUCAGAUCUUUAAUGAUCAUCUUCCAGGAAAUCUCUCUCUACUCAUAUCACACCUGGCUGUAGAGGAUGGAGGAUGGUACAGGUGUAAGAUCAGAAACACUAGCGAUACAAACAUCCACCUCACAGUAAAAGAUCCUCACACCAUCAUCAUCAUCAUCAUCUGUACUGCUGUUGGGGUUCUGCUGCUGCUGCUGAUACUCGGACGAGUCAUGUACUGGAAACACAGAGGACAGAGACGAGGACAGACCGAGACCGGUGAUGGACAAACAGGACAGAGGACACAGAAGAAGAAGCAGAAUGAUUGUGAUGUUCUGUACACAGCUAUAAAUCCACAAACUAAACACAACAAAGCAGAAGAAAAGGAUGAGGUGACGUACUCGACUGUAGUCCACAGUAACACUGUGAGAGCAGCACACACUCCAGUGGAGUCAGGAGAUACUGCAGUAUAUGCCAUCAUCAAAACUAACUAACUAACACACGCACACACGCGCGCGCACACGCGCGCGCACGCACGCG